AUUAAUGCAAGAGGAACUGAAGGAAGCUGAGCUGUGCAUUAUGAAGCUGGUACAAAACGUUGAAUUCGCCGAAGAGAUAGCUCUGCUGGAGAAAGUUAAUCCUGUGUCGUGGAAGAACGUAUUACCGAAGAGCAGUUCGUUAUACAGUCUCAGUCCGUAUUUGGGCCGAGAUGGUCUUCUGCGUAUGAAAGGGCGUAUUGACGCCUGCGAAGCGAUAGACGAAGGUACAAAACAUCCGAUACUGCUACCAAAGCGUCAUCCAGUUACAAGCCUAAUAAUCGCCAGCAUUCAUCAACGGUACCGACAUAUAAAUCACCAGACUGUUCUGAACGAAAUCCGACGUAAGUUCUACGUGCCACAGCUUCGCUCAACGUACAAUCGUGUACGAAAAGGAUGUCAGCAGUGCAAGAAUCUUCAAGCGGUGCCAGUUGCCCCUGAAAUGUCCGCCCUUCCGUCAUCCCGAGUGAAAGCAUUUUGUCGUCCAUUCUCGUACAUCGGCAUCGACUACUUCGGACCAAUGAACGUAGUCGUUGGCAGGAGGAACGAAAAACGUUGGGGAGUUUUAAUCACCUGCCUCACCGUGCGAGCGAUACACAUCGAGAUUGCUCACAGUCUCACAACAGACUCAUGCAUUCUCGCUAUCCGAAACUUCGUUGCAAGGAGAGGUGCCCCUUUGGAGAUAGUCAGCGAUCGCGGUACCAACUUCAUCGGAGCCAGUCGGGAAUUGAAAGAGGCACUACAACAAAUAAACCAGGACAAGCUGAUGGAACACUUCGUCACCUCUGACACAAAAUGGUCGUUUAAUCCCCCUGCUUCUCCGCACUUCGGCGGUGCCUGGGAACGACUUGUCCAGUCAGUGAAGAAGGCCCUAAAGCACACCCAACUCACACGCACACCCACCGACGAGCUGCUCAGAAACAUGUUGACAGAGAUCGAGUUGAUCGUCAACUCGCGACCGCUGACAGAACUACCGCUAGACGAUGAGCUGUCUCCAGCACUGACCCCAAACCAUUUUCUACUCGGGUCGUCAGACGGUUCUAAGCCCCCGAUCGCGUUCGAUGAUAGCAGCCACGCUCUGAAACAUACCUGGAGAAUGUCACAGGUAUACGCCAACAGAUUCUGGCAACGUUGGAUCGCUGAAUACCUGCCAACCCUAACCCGAAGAACAAAAUGGUUUAAUCGAGUCAAACCCGUAGCGGAAGGAGACAUCGUCGUCAUUGUAGACGAAACGUUGCCGAGGAACUGCUGGCCAAAAGGUCGAGUAGUUCGCGCAAUUCGCUCAAAGGAUGGACAGGUACGCCGUGCAGUGGUACAGACAGCUUCCGGAUUUCUUGAAAGGCCUACUGUUAAGCUUGCAGUGUUGGACGUCGGUGCAACCGUAAGUACGUCGGAUAGUGACCUCGAAGUACUGGGGGGGAGUGUCGCGACUUCUAGUCGCACCGCCCCACACAUCCAACCAGCGAAACAGUACGAACCUACAUUUUUUACCUUGUCCACUAUGACAGGCCCCCCUGAGGAGCGCGCCGUUGUGUAGGACGUCAGAAUGACAAUAAACGGUAGUAAACGUCAGGGACAGAUAGAUCGCGAGAAGAUAGAAAAUUAGCAAGUCAGCAUGCGGUCGAAAGUGAAUUCAGCACUAUUUUCUUUUGCUCUUAAAUCUACCUUAAAACUAUUAUAAAAUUAUUUUUCUCUACUGAGUGUUAUCAGAAGUUUAUUGUAAUACUAAGUUAAAACGUAUCAUGCAGUUAGUUGAUAAAUUCUUAUAAUUAGUAGUACGACGAAUUAUCACAGGUGGGUUCAAUGGAUUAUAGCCUAAAAUUAUGAAUGAUUCUUACUUUAAAACAUAAAACAUACAGAUAUCAAACAUAAACGCGUGACGCAGACACUGUGCAGUAAAUCGAGACACAAGUAAUCGCCGGAAAAACGCAGAGCAGCUUACCCACCACUGAACUAUUGCCUAGACUACUAGAAAGGGACACUAAACGUAAGUUUUACAUACUGCUGUGUACAAAACAAUCAUAAAAAUCCUUAAAAUGAAAAAGCUAAAACGAAUACGAAAACAAAAACUUAUGUACGAAACUAUGUUCUUUUGCCAGGGAUUUUUUAACGCUACUGUCGUUAUCGUCACUGUAAUCGAUUUCGCUACAAUAUAUCGUUUAAAGAAUCGGAAAACUGUCUCUUUCGUUGCGAAUUGC